AUGGACGACUAUUCGUUCGAUAUAUCCUCCUUCCUUUUUUCACACGGAACCCACAUUGAUCAUGAUUUCCCACUCAUUUUUUAACAUUACGCCGACCUUUUUCCAAGAACAUUCUACACUAUGAAAUACACCGACAGAUGUAUAAUUCACGCGUAUCGAGCUUCGGAUCCAUUCGAGCUUUUUAUUUUUCUUGGCCUUUUGUUUCGUUCUUCAUGGAUUUCGAAUUUUCCCCGGGCUGGUCGGUGUCAUUGGCACACAAAUUUUCAGGACAUUUUCACCGCGUAGAAUGGUUGAAAGACGCGGAAGAAAAAUAAGCUUGACGAAGUGGAAAAAGCUUGCCGGAAAAUUCAUUUUUUUUUUCUUUUAACGCGCCUGCACAUUCACUUUCUCUCUUCCUUGUGAUACUUUAGAUACCGGUCUAACGAGCAAGCUUUGAAAAUUCUGCGCUUGUGUCACAGAUUUUAGAAGACACAUCACUUUUUUGUUGGCCUCAAAAUAAAUUCUUUGCCGUUCACGGAGAUUCUAAGUUUUCCGAUUUACUCAAAUAUUUUGCAUCGAUGCAACUGUGCCGUUACGAAAGCCGAGCGAAUUCGAUGAGCGACGAUAUUUAACAAGGAAGAUUUGAUACUGGAAGAACAGUGGACAGUGAUAUCCGGGGAAAAAGCAUUCGUGAAACAGGAACAACGUUAAAUCCGUGUAGCACAAGCGGCCGUGAUCCCGUGGAAACGACCGAGUCCCCCACAGAGCAAUAAAAAGCAGCUUUUCAUUUUGCACUUUUUAGGGCGAGCAUUCAAAGCGGGCAAAAGAUUGUGCCGGACUAAUCCGCGAUUUUCUGUUUGACGCUGAAAGAGGAGCAACAAUGAAAAUCCCGGACAACGAUGUGUUCGAAUCGAGUCGCGAGAGCUGGUCGUUGAAGCGUGUUUUUGGGUAACAAGGCGUCGAUCAUUCAAUCGACGCGAUGAACUGAAAUUUCCUGAUCAAAAGAUUUUGCAUUUCGAACCGGUUCGAUGUUUCUCUAUUAGCAAUACGAGUCAACAAUUCUUGACGAUGCAAUAAUUCUGCAUAAGCGAACGAUGAGUUUCCAUUUCACACGCGAUCGUAUUUUCAAUUUCCGUGAUUCUUCUGUGACGAUUUUGAUAAUGAUCAUCGAACGAGUUAGUUUUAUACAAACAGGUGUAUCGGUAGGAAAAUCGAAUAAGAAAUCGUGCUCGAAUUGUGCAUCGCCAGAGAAGGCAAGACUUUCGACGAAAAAUUUCCACAACGUGCACAGUUUUAGUCGAGGAUCGCGAUAAUCAGAAAGGGAACAGUGUCGGAUGGAAGGCACGAAGCUUUUUCCCGAAUUACCGUGUUUCGAGAACAUUGUUUUUGUUUCUGAUGGAAUCACCUGGAGUGGAAAUUUUUGUAAGAGAACUCGACUAUUCUCGAGAAAUGGACAAUAUUGGAACGUGGACUCGGCGAAUCCGGGACGAGCAUGAAGCGUGUCAGGAUGCAGGGACGACAGGAUUGCAGUUGCAUCGGUUAAAAUGAAUCGUAGGGAGGACCCGCUGUUGCGGCAGCAUCGCAGCCGUUUGCUGCAAUUAGCCGAGGCGACAAACAUCAAGCCUGGCCGUGGCAGCGGGAAAAGACGAGGCCAGAGGCAGUCGCACGGUUUUGGACCCAGUAAUGGAGGACCGAGCGGCGGCGGUCGUGUGACCCUCCAGGAUAUCGUGAGAAGCGAUCCUGGAUACACGCCAAAUAUCGAGCAUUUAGUUUUUCCGGAGCGCAAAAGCAGCAAUCCGAAUUUGGCUAAAACCAGCGACGAAUCGCCGUCGAAUAAAUCGAAAUCGAACCCUACCAGCUCGGGAAGAUCCAGACUCGCCGAGGUGUUUUCCAGGCAUUACUCGAGAGGAUCCUCGCAGGACUCGUCGGUCACGUCCAGGAAGAAUCAUUUAAACAGCACAUCGUUGGAUAGCGGAGCGACGGUGUCCCAUCAGGUAACAGGGUCGAGCACCGGUGCCACGGUGGUGACGAGAAGCGGAGGUCGUCGAUGGUUGUCGCAGAGCUCGCAAUCCACCAGGCAACAUUCGGUCGAGGACGGGGUACGUGGGGGCAACGUGGGCGUCAUAGGGCCCGUUUCGACCUCGUCCUCGAGUCAGGCCCCUGCUCCCGCCCUACCACCUCGAAGAGUCAGUCCAGCCGACUCCACCGACAUCUCGAAUACGGCCACUGGCUCCCGCGGCGACAGAGGUCCGAACGUGUCGAUCCUCCACUUGCGCGGCACUGCGGACCCUUGGGAAGUUGGUUCUCAAGGUUCCACGUACAGCAUCGGUAGCAAUAAAAGCCAAACUGGUGGCAAAGGGAAAUCGAGCGGAAAUACACGAGGCUCGUACACGCGUGGUACUUCGAUACCAUCCCUGAAACGUCACGAUACGACGGCAUCCGCGUCGUCUACUUCUAGUUUGAAGCAGCAUCGACAAGAUAGCCACGGACAGGUGACAAGUUCUCGUCGACGUGAAUCCUCGAACUCGUUCCUCUCGAGUAACAGCGGAACAUCCGGCGAGCUGUUCAUUAGCGGCGACUGUAGCAGGGAAUUAUCGCCGGUCAGAUGGUGCGACAGAGAAGUGGACGGGGUUUAUUUGGGUCGGUCCGGUUGGGUUCAAGUGCAGCAAAGGUCUCUCGACGAGAAUCGGAGGAUAAACUACGAGAGUAGCCUGGUCACAGCGACCACGGGCACUCUGCCGUUACCGCGACGUGCCACGGUUAAAUUGGCCGAUUACCAUUGCAACAGCGAGCCAGGAAAAUGUCCCGAGGAAUUUCUACGUUUGGACAGCCAGAGGCCAGACUAUCUGGCCCUGCACGGCCAGGAUUUCGAUUCCGUAGCGAGUAGCACCUGUACCUCGCCUCACAGUAUCCCGGAAUCUUACUCACCCCCGUCGAUCACGCCGAUCAUCUCGCCCCCGCCAGCUUUCCAAGAUGUAAUCGGCAAGAAAUCUUCCUCGAAACACUCGUCUGGACGCAACAAUUACGGGAAAGCACCGUUUUUGCCGCGAUCGAACGCCAUCGUGGACAGUGACAUCAUUAGUCCUCCUCCUUCGCCACCGCGUCAGGUGAAUUGGAGUUCCUUACCGUCUUCCUCUCGAAAAUCAGCUGGCACUCCGUCCAGACCACGGAGACAAAAUACUACUAGUCAACAACAACAGCAACAGCAACAACAGCAACAGUAUCGAAUGGCUCAAGCCAAGUCGUUGGAGGAUCAGUCUUCCACGCGAAGAUCACAAUUCGUUCAACGUUAUCUAGAAUCGUCGAGUUCCUCCUCGUCUUCCGUUGGUUUUCGAAGUUUGGAUAGUUGCGUGACAAGAUCGACGAUGCCGAGGUUAGCCGAGAACACAGAUUCGUCGGUGGAGGGUUACGACGACGGCGACGACGAGGAUGAUAAUCCUAGCUCCUCGUUGAAUCUAAGUCUGGUCUCUUCGUCGAUCAUCGCAUUGAAUUCGUCCAACGAAUCGAUACGAGCUAACGGCGAGAGAAUUUCACCGAACAGGCAAGGUCGACAUCACAGAAGUCAGCAGGGAUUGAGAAGAUCGCCGGGCUCCUCGGAAUCCGGAAAGUUAUCCUUCAAUUCGCCCUCCUCUUCCUCCUCGUCAUCGAGCAGCGCCGAGCGACAAGGUAGAUCGCCGACCCCGAAUCCUUUCAGGCGUGCAAACGCUACGAGGCAACAUCAGAGCGCCAGAACGGCCCAAGUGUCCCCGGAAUCUCAUCAGUCGAGGGUAAGAAGAUCUAGAAGUCUUCAGUUACCGGAGAAGAGGUCUCCCGGUGCAGCGGCUCCGAGCAGGGAACACUCGAGGGAAUCUAACGAGCCGCAUAGAGUCGUUGUUAAAAUUUCCACCGACCGGGGCAACGAGAGGAAACGUCAUAUCCUUCAGAAUAGGAAAGCACAGUCAACCGAGGACGCGUUAAACGAGGAGCUCCUUCGCGAAACGGAAGCAGUGACAGAGUACCUUUACGGCACAAGAAGUCGUGCAAUAACCAGAAACCUUAUGCCGAGCCGUUUCGAGCGUCGGGAGGAUAGCCAAGAACAAAGGCAAAGGAACAACCUCACCACUUACGACGUCUAUUUUAUCUCGUCGAAGCAGCAACAGCCGCAAUCUUCUAAAUCAUCCGGUUCGUCGAUGCAGCAAUCGCAACAGCAACAACAGGCUCAACAACAGCAACAACAACAGCAGCAGCAGCAGCAGCAAUCCAGAAGGCCAAAGACCCUUCAAAGGGGAGCAACGACCCCGAACGCGAACCCUUCGUCGUCGAAUCAUGACUUUUGCAUCAGUCCGGACGCGAAAUUACGUUGCAACAGCAGCACUUGCGAUUUCUGGCCGCACUGCUCGCAGAGGGAGACUCUCUACUCCCCGAGUCAAGCUCCGGUAUUCAUGAAGCUGUCCCAGAGCUAUCCAGCUCAUCAGAGACUCCCUACGGACACUGGUAGCAGCCACGUGAACCGAGGAAGCGCUAGUUCAUCCCCGGCAUCGUUAGAGCGAAUGGACGACCGAGAGUUCCGGGAACGCGAGAAUUCUCGAAAAAAUCGAGUUAAUCGCGAGCAAAACAACCCUAGCACGUCCAAGUAUCAAGAUAGACAGCCGAAGAGCGUAUUGAAGCAACCGAAUCGUUGGUCGCCCCUCGAGGGAUCGAACGGGAACGGUUCGAACGUGGAGAAAAGGGAACACCAUCGAUUUUAUCAGAAACCGGAAUACGCUGGCAGCUUCGAAGCUUGCGAGAACAAAGAUAGAAAAGUAUCACCUGUCCAGGGGAAGAAUAUCGUGAACAGAUCACCAAGCGGUCACGUCGCCUCUUCGUCGACCUCCUCGUCUUCCAGCAGCGACAUAUGGGUCACCACGUCCGACAGGACGGUCACGAAAAGUCCGAGAAACGCGAAAAGUUCGGGUGCAUCUACUCCCAUGGAAGAUGCGGUGAUUGGUUCCCUCAAGACGCUGAUCGAACCACCGAAAGAUGGAAUGCUGUCCAGGCCUGGAAGUGCUCCAACCAGAGGGGAGGAUUCUCUGGCAGCGGAUGCAUCUUUGGAUCCUCAUCAACGAUCGCUCUCUCUGCCCAAGUCCUUUCUCACCCACAACACCGAUAGCAAUAACAAAGGGUCCUGGCAACGUGGUCAGAGUUCGCAAAGGUCGAGCCCCAGUCCCAGUCGACUUCACCACACGCAGGAAGCAGCCACACCUCACACGGCUCCCGUUUCCCCUCUCCACGAUCAACGCUCGAACGCGUACUCCGGCAAGGAGAGAAGACGAAUUCCAGGGCUGAGCAAGGCGCAGAGGCGUAUCAAAGCGUCCAGCACGCCGGCACUCUUGGAUCGCGAUGUGGAAAGUCGACAGUGGUCGGGCGACGAAGAGGACGAGGGGACAACAGGCCACGUAACAACCGAGCAUCCUCUGACCGAGGCGACAAUUCCCUUGGUCUCUCACUCGCGUCUCCAAGAGCAACCCUCCAACCUGAGUGGCAAUAUUGUGACCGCUUCCGGCACCCAGAAUCCUGCCCGUUCGAGCACCCAGAGCCAACAAGAGAGCGUUCUGCAGAAAUUUCGAAAGAGCUUCUCGCUUAGGUUCCACAAAAAGGGUAGCAAAGAGAGCAACGAAAGCGAGUGUCCGGUGGAAGAUAACGAUGGAUCCGGUCCUCUAGACGAGGAAGAGGAAAGGGAACCGUCAAAUGUGACGGAACAAACGUCCCAACAUAAAGAAGACACCAACAGUGACCAGAAAUUUCGCUUUGGUCCUCUCGUGUGGAGAAGCAGCAAGGAAAGGAAAAAAGGUAGCAAAGCUGCCAGAAAUGCAAAGUGCAACAGCGGUGAUAGCGGAAUACAAAUAGAGAUGGUAUCUGGUGGAGCAUUGACUGGGGGCGGUGGUGGUGGAAUGAUAGGGGGUGGUGAUAGCUCCGAGUCCCACGACACGGAUGCCCAAGACGAGACAGACAGCCCUCCGGCCCUUCGUAGACGAGUCGCGGACAAAUCACGACCCCAGUCCGAGCUCGUCAACCAGAUACUGAUCGACAAGUUUAAGGCGGAUCUUCAGAGCCGAACGUCGAGGCACCAACAUGUACGGAGAACUAACAGCGAUUUAGGAGGUCAGAGGUUACUACAGUGGGAUACGAGGUCUGGUUACAGCCACGUGCACAAUUACCGAAGGAUGCUCUCGACACCGUCGCCCAUCAAGACGAGGCCUCCUAGGCUUAGUCCAAGGCACUCCUCCCAUGACAUCGUUACGCUGAGAAGUAACGCGAAAGGGAGGAGUUCUCGGACAAAUUUGAGGCGUUCACUUAGCCAGCCACUGGGUAUCAAUCAGCUAUCACCCUUGAUGCGCACCAAAACUGCAGGCGCGAGGUUGCCCGGUGGAAACGUCCUGUCGGAAGACGAACAGGACGGAAGAGGUGGAACGUCCGACGACGAAAUGAUGUCCGAUUCCGAGUCUUCCAUCGCCUCCUUGACGGACAGGAAGAAAUCCUUCGAGCAGACGAUGGACGAGGAAGUGGUGAUAUUGGCUGAAGCUGUUUGGGACCACGUGGCAAUGGAACCGGAAGAGCUAGCUUUUCGUGCUGGCGAUGUGAUCGAGGUUCUCGACAACCUGGACAAAGAUUGGUGGUGGGGUAGCUGUAGAGGAGAACACGGUUGGUUCCCGGCUGCAUUUGUUAGGUUACGCGUAAGUCAAGAGGACACAGUCGAGGAUUGUUUGGCGGCGAUGGCAUCCGGGGGUACGUCUAAUUCUCAAUUGAGAAGACGUACCAGUGUUUCGCUGUUGUCGAACGAGCAAGUUCGAACGAGCGUGGUUCGCGAGCUGGUUCAAACUGAACGCGAUUUCGUUAAGAUAUUGAGAGACGUCGCCGAGGGCUACAUAGCUGAAUGUCGACGUCGUAUCGAUAUGUUCACCGAAGAUCAGAUAGAAACGAUUUUCAUCAAUCUCGAAGAGCUGUUGGACUUUCAGUCCGAGUUCUUGAAGGAUCUCGAGUCUCGGAUCGACUGGAACUCGCCGUACAAGAGUUGCGUCGGUGAAUGUUUCCUGAAUCAUAGGGCUGGAUUUCGUAUGUACUCGGAAUAUUGCAACAGUCACCCGAUGGCCACCGCCACGUUGCAAGAAUUGUACCAGCAUAAUCGUUAUAGCAAAUUCUUUGAAGCGUGCAGAUUAAUGAGAGGAUUGAUAGAGAUUCCUUUGGACGGCUACUUGUUAACACCUGUACAACGGAUAUGCAAGUAUCCGCUCCAAUUGGCGGAGCUACUGAAAUACACGAAAGCUGAUCAUCCAGAUUACCAUAAGAUUCAGGAAGCGCUCGAAGCGAUGCGAGGUGUUGCGGUCUUAAUUAACGAACGUAAGAGACGAAUGGAGAGCCUCGAGAAGCUGGCUGCUUGGCAAUUAAGAGUCGAAGGAUGGGAGGGUGAAGAUCUCAUUGAAGUUUCGUCCCAGUUAAUUUAUCAAGGUGACGCGAUUAGAGUCACCACCGGUAUGUGGACAAACAAUAUCACCCUUUUCCUCUUCGACCAUCAGCUGGUUUAUUGUAAAAAGGAUAUUCUGAAGCGGAACACUUACGUGUAUAAAGGUCGCAUUUAUCUCGACACGAGCGAAGUGAUCGAUGUUCCCGAUGGAAAAGAUCAUCAACUAGGAGUGACGGUGAGGCAUUGUUUAAAAGUAUACAGUUGUGUUCGAGAUAAAUGGUUGCUCUUCUGCUGCCGCACUGCAGAAGAGAAGCGUCGAUGGUUGGAAGCCAUGGCGGAGGAACGAAGACUGGUUGUUCAAGACAGAAACGAUGGAUUGGAGUUUCCAGCUGCAGCUAAACAAUUGGCCAGGCUUGCAGCGACGAGACUUCAGAACAGGCCGCCAAUCAAACCUCGCAACAAAACGUACAAAAGAGAAUCGGCUUACGAAAUACCUACGAUGAUCGGGCAAGGUACAACGAACUCGUUGGGACGUAAAGUUGGCACUUGGUUCACAUUUGGUAGCAGCAAAAAAAGUACUCGACUUCAGCCGUCCUGAGACAGGCCUACCUUCGUACCAUACAUUGAUUUGUGAAAGUUUGACGAGAAGCGCUUAAUCGUUGCCUCACAAUCGUGACUCGAACGUAUACUAUUAAACGUUUAAGACAUUAGAAAAGUUUUCUUCGAAACGAUUCGUACUCUGAUCAUCUUGAUCCUCUGACGUAAAAAUCAGGUACGUUUUCAAUCAUAGGAAAGCAAACGAUCUUAAGCGCUCGUCAGAUGUAUGGAACGAAGGUAUUUAAUUUAUCUAAUCGUUAAGUUAUGGUUAAAAAAAAAAAUUGUUAUCGACUUGACAUCAUCGAUACGUCCUGUUUAAAGAAUGUAGCGGGAUAGCUACGAUUUUCAUUAGUCCAAUUCUAGUACUGGUUUAGUUUAUAAAAAAAAAAGAAGCACACAGUUCGAUAUAACGUGUAAUCGCAUCAUUGACGAUAUUUAUUUCACUGCCUCAAAGAAAGAUUCUUCUUCAUCAAAACGCUUUGUCGUCGCAUCGCAACCACACAACGACAAGCUAUUGUCACUUAGCUUUCUCUAGUAAAUGAUGAACGUUGUUUGUUACACGUAACAGUAUAAACCGCAGGUAAUACUAUUAAUUAAAAGGUAAUUAUAAAAAUGUACGUAAAGUGAAGUAUACACGCAAGCAACGUUUAUACAAAUAUGUUAACCGAGAAAAAAGAAAAGAAAUAGGGGAAGGGCAUUUGACGAAAGGUUGAAAAGGGGUUCACAGGUGGAACGAUGAAAGACCAGCAUCGCGUUAGAAAAAUAUAAUUGAGAAAAAUAAUUGCAUAUGCUAGAGAAACGAACGCACUUAUUACUAGACAAGCAUAAAUAUAUGUGUAACGUUUAAUAGCGAGCUUUUGAGGUACUAAAGAGAAAGUACUAGUCACUUUUAUCACAAGAAGUCGCGUAAAGAAACAGUGAUAAAAGUUUAGCGUUAUUAAAAUACGAUCGCUUUAGUGUUGUGAGGAAUGAAUGGAUCAGCGAUGGCCAUACAUUUUUUCUUUUCUUUUUAUGGUAAUAAAGACUGACCGAGGUAUGCUUAUUUCCUGAAUGAAUCUACAGAUGAGUCGGUACGAGGGUAGCUCUGAGAGAAAAGAAUAAUCGAAAUUUAUCUGAAUAUCGUUAUAAACAAUUAAACUACUAGCUAUAGACUGAAAAGUCUUUUAACUAUAUGUCUGGUUCGAUAAUCUAUUAAAUAGCCUUUUAGAACGCACAUUAAAGCAACAAAAUGUUGAUAGUAAACAUCACCUCUGAGAGAUUUCUCUCAUAAUGAAGCGAACGUGUUCCUUAGAGUUUCAAAAAAAAAAAAAAAAAAAAAAGUAAAGCAGCUACCCUUUUACUGCCUGAAAAUUAUCAUCUUCACAGUGGAAGCGGUAAAUGGUAAUAUUCACGCGAAGCGAUAAAUACUCAUCGUAGUUUGUACGAAGGUUUGAAAUUUCGAUAAACAGGCGGAGAAUUAUCUUUCUACGUCGGCACAAGAAGCGGCAGUAUUAAGGAUACAGAGGUAUCGUUGGAACGUGUAAAUACUCGCAUAUCAAGCCUCUUUUUUCAACUGCUAUCGGAGCAGUUUCUAAAGAAAAAUGAAAAUCAUCUGAGAUAUCUUUCAAAGUUUUUUCUACUCUUGUACAGAACAAUGUUACGAGGAUAUCGCGAUGAAAGCCAGUCAGCCAGCAAAAACCUCUGUGUUUUGUACGAGUUAGGAACAGAGAACGUACACACUGUUGUAUCUAUAAUAAUUCAUCGUGUAUGAUUAAAUUAACGUUUCAGGAAAGAAAAACAUCUAUUAAAUCCUUCGAUUGUGAAAGUUUUCAACACUGCCAAUAUGUUUAUUAAACACGUCUUCGUUCGUUUCUGUCAUUUCUCGUCAAUGUUCGAAGCACCGUGUAAGUUUAAAAAAUGUAUACGUUUCUAAAAAAAAUUACGAUUGAUUAUUCUCUACAUUCAACCGUGUGUAAUUUCGUAAAAGAUGAACGAAAUACGUGAAGAAAAAUGAAACAAAAAACGAAACAAUACACAGAAGUAUAUUUUUGCUUA